AAUAAGUAACGACAGCCAUAAAUAAAUAUAAAACUUAACCCAUAAUAUAAAACCAUGGGAAUAAUAUGCCAAAUUCUGUUUCACAACAAUACGCCUGGAGUCUUCUAUGCAGGCCAAACGAUUUCUGGUCAAGUGACUUUGAGUACGGAUAAGUUGAUUCAAAUCAAAGCAAUCAAACUUAAGGUCAAAGGUUAUGCCGAGACCCAUUGGACCGAAAGCAGAACUGAUUCAAACAAUAAGUCAACUUCAGAAUCGUACAAUGGGUUUGAGAAAUAUCUUUCCAGUAAAGUUUAUCUGUUGGGAUCUGAAAUAAGCGCCGAAAUGUCUUUGGAGCCCGGAACUAGAUCGUACAAUUUUGCCUGUCAAAUUCCAAUCAACUGUCCUUCCUCGUUCGAGGGGACACAUGGUCGUAUACUUUAUAUGGUGGAUGUCAAUAUAAUACAGCCCUGGAAGUACGACAGUCUCUUUUCAAGACCAUUCACUGUAAUUCAAGUGAUGGACUUGAACACCUAUGAGUCCGUUUCUCAGAUUCCAGUGCAGGCCAGGACUGAGAAGACCUUUGGGGUCUGGCCCUUUAAAUCGGAUCCGCUGACUUUGGAGCUGAAUUUGCCGCAGACGGGCUUUGUGCCCGGACAGACGGUUCCCGUAAAUGUUUUGGUGGGCAACGAAAGUAAAAUCCGGGUGUACGAAGUAAAGGUUGGCCUCUCCAUGAUGAUCACCUACUACAGUGACCUGAGUUCGGGAACCAAUAGUGAGCGAAAAUCCGUGGCCAAGCUGAAGGCAGAUGGUGUUAUGCGGAACUCUCGGAAGAUGUACGACUUCCAGCUGCUAAUUCCCUCCACUCCGCCCUCCUGUUUCCAUUUGUGCCGCAUUAUCAAGAUCGGAUACCAGAUCGAAGUUGUGGCCAAGGUGAAGGGCAUGCACAUUAACGGAACUCUGGUAAUGCCGGUGACUAUUUGUGGAGUUCCGAUAGCGCCGCAAAUGGUGCAAUAUAUACCAGAGAAUUCCGGCCCCCCGGUUCCGGAGCAAAGGGCUUUGACUUUGGUUGAGGGCGAUGGUGCUUGUGCUCCAGCUGCUCCGCCAUAUCCCUGGUCAGAUGGUUCCACCUUAGCACCACCUAGCUACGCUGAGGCCAUGCACACCUUUACCGAUCCAGAGAAGUCCAGACCAGGACAGCAGGGUUCCGAAAAUGUGGAUGAAAAGCACUUUAAGCCCCUUUAUCCUGUCUUUAAUGUGCCCACUCAGAGUGAUGAAAAGGCGGAAAAAGCUGUUCUGGACAAAGAGGACAAAAAGUGA